GCCGCCAGUGACUCUGCUAGCCAAUUACGAAGAGAGGAGGAAAUGCUAAUGUUUACAACCAGUGAAGUGGCUCCAGUUUCCCAGUAAAACCAGUGAUUCAGGUCAUUUUGCUGCACGGAGUGAAAUGACAAUUAGAUAAUGUGUCAAGUUAAAUGACGAGGUUAAACAUUCAGUGUCCUGAUGGAGUGGGUGUUCGUCAUGAACCGGAUGAGCUCUCAGGGCAGCAUGGCGGCCCAGCGGCGGCGCAUGGCUCUGGGGGUGGUGAUCCUGCUGCUGGUGGACGUCAUCUGGGUGGCCUCGUCUGAGCUCACCACGUACAUCUUCAAGCGGCAGGACUACAAUAAGCCGUUCUUCAGCACCUUCACCAAGACCUCCAUGUUUGUUCUCUAUCUGCUGGGCUUCCUGCUGUGGCGCCCCUGGAGGCAGCAGUGCAGUGGCGCCCUGAAGCGCCGCCAGUCUGCCUUCUUUGCUGACGCUGAGGCCUACUUCGCUCCCUGCACCACUGACAGCGCUGUGAACAACUGCUUGAGUGAGCCGCUCUACGUCCCAAUGAAGUUCCAGGACGCAGCAGCCAAUCCGUACGACUGUUUACCUGCAGACUGUGAAACCGCCUCCAAAAAGCAGCGGGUUCGUUUCAGCAACAUCAUGGAGGUGCGUCAGCUGCCGUCCACCCAGGCCCUGGAGGCCAAGUUGUCCCGUAUGUCCUACCCGGCCACCAAGGACCACGAGGCCCUGCUGCGCACGGUGGGGAAGCUAACCAUCACCGAUGUGGCUAAAAUCAGCUUCUUCUUCUGCUUUGUGUGGUUCCUGGCUAACCUUUCCUACCAGGAAGCUCUGUCUGACACGCAGGUGGCCAUUGUCAACAUCCUGUCCUCCACCUCAGGCCUCUUUACGCUCAUCUUGGCAGCCAUCUUCCCCAGUAACAGCAGCGACCGGUUCACGUUGUCCAAACUGUUGGCCGUGGCUCUCAGCAUGGGAGGAGUCGCUCUGGUGAGUCUGUCCAGCAUGGACAGUCCUGAUGAGAAAGGAGUCGUAGGCUCUCUGUGGUCGCUGGCGGGGGCCAUGCUAUACGCCGUUUACAUCGUCCUCAUCAAGAGGAGAGUGGACCGUGAGGAUAGGCUUGACAUCCCCAUGUUCUUUGGAUUCGUGGGCCUCUUCAACCUGCUGCUGCUCUGGCCCGGUUUCCUGCUGCUCCAUUUCUCCGGCUUCGAGGCCUUUGAGCUCCCCAGCCAGCUGGUCUGGACCUACAUCCUGAUCAACGGCCUGAUCGGAACCGUCCUGUCUGAGUUCCUGUGGCUCUGGGGCUGCUUCCUGACAUCGUCUCUGAUUGGGACUCUGGCUCUCAGCCUCACCAUCCCGCUCUCCAUCCUGGCAGAUAUCUGCCUGCAGAAGGUCCGGUUCUCCUGGCUGUUCUUUGCUGGAGCCGUUCCCGUCUUCCUCUCCUUCUUCAUUGCUGCGCUGCUCUGCCACUACAACAACUGGGACCCGGUGUUGCUGGCGCUGCGCCGCCUCUACACAUUCAUGUUCAGGAAGCACCGAGCGCAGAGGUACGGCAGCCCCAAACGGUCAAAAAUAUGAUCAGGAAGCACCAAGCGCAGAGGUACGGCGGCCCCAAACGGUCAAAAAUAUGAUCAGGAAGCGCUGAGCGCAGAGGUACGGCAACUGCUCAAACUCAAAAUAUUUCAAUCUGCUGAUAAUUUCUCUGGAAAAGCUGAAAAAACACAAAAUUAGACGAUGCAUUGAGAAGAUUCUGAACUCAGAAUGCGUCAUGAAGGGACUAACUCCUCCUGACCAGCCAGGGGCGCCAGUACAGAGGAACAACUCCCAUUGAAGCAGCAGUACUGUUUAAAAUGUACUUUUUUGAUCUUCCAAUCAUGUUGUAGAAAUCCACGGCCAGCGUUCAGCUGUGCAAACACCUUCAAGGCGCAACUCAUGCAUUUUUAUAAAACCUACAGAACGCCAGCGCAGACGUAAAGAAACUGAGAAAAUAAAAAGUUAACAGUUGAAAUAUCAGCGAACCGGAGAGCAGUAGGAGAAGAAAGUCAGACGAGUUCAGAUGUGAUCUGAUGAAGAACCUCUGCAGGUUCUGGUCGGUUCCGGGUUCUGGUCACAUCAGCUCUUUAACUUUUUUUAGGAGUGGCUUCCUGGUUGAGUAGCAGACGCUUUGAUGACGUUCUGACAUCAUCACUGUGAUAACGGAAGCUGAUUGGCUCAGACCUUCAUCCUGCUGUCUGAGCAGUCAUAGUUCAACGUUUUCUCUCCUCAAUUUUAGACGCCGUUGCCAUGGUAACUGUGACACAGAAAGCGCUGAAGCUGCUAAUGGCUGGAGAGUCGGCCUCCAGUGUUGGAGAAAUUAACAAGUUAUUUCAAAGUUAAUAAAAACGCAUUAAAGGACCUGCAGGCUUUUAGGUGUAAAAAACCCAAAUAUGGAGCGAAAUCAGUGAUUAAUAUAUUUGUGAGGAUCAUAAGGCUGUUAGCCA